UACAUCUACUGAGAUCAGUUGCACGAAACUGGGCGCUGGCUAGAGACCGUUCCGCGAACGCUUGCCGAAGAAGACACGAUGAAUCCAGCCAUGUUCUUUGUCGCUGUCCUUGCCCUUUGUGCGCUACCGAGUGCUCUGGGCUUAACCUGCCAUCACUGUAUGGGAAGCCUAACGAAUUUAAAGUUGUGUUCCACAAUGGCAGAAUAUACUAAUCAGACGUGUAUGGGUGCCAACGCGACGUGUGCCACAACAACGCUUAAGGCUAAUGAAACCGGCGAAGCAAUGGCCUAUGUUCUGGGAUGUGUUGAGGAACCCCACAAUUGUACCUCCUACAAAAUGGAGCUAUGCCAGAACGUGACAACGACAGCAAGCGCGGCGAAUCUUACUGUUGAAACGUGUAACACGCAGUGCUGUAACACCUCGCUUUGCAAUGCAGACUUUAUCCCUACGGAGCCUCCAUCCGAGACCGUGAGUAAUGCCACAGGAACUACAAUGGAAACAACCACCGCAACUGCUCAAGUGUUCCGCCCCGAGCUCAUUGCAAUGUUGUUGAUCGUGUUCAUCACUGUCUUCUUUGGCCUCCAGUGAGUCUAGGUCAGCCACUGAUUUUAUCGUCCAGCUUGCUGCAAAUUGUGAAACACGCUUUUGUAUUUAUGUCAAGUUAGAGGUCGCUGUUUAGUAUCGGGAGAAGAUUUCUGUGUUCGUGAAGACUUUCGGUCAAGAUCACGGAACUCUUUUUACCUUUAUAGUAGAAAACACGUAGAACAGGAGUAGUGAAGAGAUCCACAUCUCUUUAGCCACAUUUUAAACUCGAAAUUAAAACAAAACUGGCCGAGCCAGAAUUGGGAUUUUUCAGAUAAAAAUGUUAUUACGUAACACCACCACACGCUUUCAGAAAGCUUAUCAGCCACACUGAUCUGAUUGGAUAAAAGCAACUAGAAAUUCUGAGCGAAAGUCUGAAAUCCGUUGGGUUAUUUGGAUCAGAGUUUGAAGAAGUUUACUGCUUUAUUAAACUCCGUAUUUUCUUUUUUA